UUCACCAGAAUGAGGCCAACAAUUAUUUUCCUGGCCUGCUUAGUAGGCCAACUUUUAGCCUUGGAUCGAUCAUUGGACAGACGCUACUGCACAUCGACAAUUUGUGGAUCUAGUAAUACUGCCUGCAUGAAUAACGGGACCCUCAUAUACUGCACUCUCAAGGGGCCCCGACUAUUGGAUAUGACCAGGUUUAUAGUGCCCCUCUCCAAUAUGUUCAACAGCCUGCGCAACGACGUGGCCGGUGGCAAAUAUCGGUCCCUUCCCCAGGCUGCUCGAAUGGCCAAGAUAUCCUGGUCGAACGAGUUGGCCUGGUUCGCUCAUCUCGAUGUGGUUCUGUGCCGCAAGACCACCCACCUGUGUCACACUUCGCCGUACUUCUACUAUAUUGGCGUACUAACUGAAGAGGUCUUUAAGAGCUUUGAUGAAGACCCCGAAUCAGACUUCAACAUCAUGAGCCAGGUGGUCCGAUACUGGACAAACGGUAUCCACCAUAUCGAAAGAAAACACCUCCUCCACCUCCCAGACAGAUUUGAAACAGAAGCCCAGUUCAGGGCUGCCCUGUUGCUUAAUGAACGCAACACGCAUUUCGGCUGCGCUGUGAUCUACUUCAAGAACAACGAGCACUUCAUAUUUACCUGUGCCUUUGCCACGGCCAAUAUAGUUGGAAGGCCGGUUUACAAAUGGGGCCUAAAGCCAGGUAACAAGUGCCAUAAGCGAGAUAGAAAGUUUAAGAACUUGUGCGCUUCCGGAGAGAAAUACAGCAAUCAUAGGAGACAAGAUUCUGCGGAAGUAAUGGAUGAGGACUUUUAAAAAUAAUUGAAUAAUCCUACUUCGGCUUAAGACUUGAUGCUGCCUAAUAAAAGUUCUAAAAAGGCUUGAAUAAAUU